AUGGCUUUGGCAGAUAAGAGACUUGAGAACUUGCAAAUCUACAAAGUCCUUCAGUGUGUUCGGAACAAAGACAAGAAACAAAUAGAGAAGCUGACCAAACUUGGAUAUCCUCAACUCAUCAACUUCACAGACCCUAUCAACGGACACAGUGCUUUGCACUUAGCCUCAGUUUCUAAUGAUAUUGACAUGGUUAGCUUUCUCCUUAACCUCGGAGCUCACCCUGAUGUGCAAGACCAGAUGGGCUGUACGCCAGCAAUGAGGGCUGCAGAACUGGGCCAUGAAUUGUCAAUGGAAAUAUUAGCAAAGGCAAAGGCUGAUAUGUCUAUAGUUGAUAAUGAAGGAAAAGGUGUUUUGUUUUACUGCAUUUUACCUACGAAGCGCCAUUACCGCUGUGCAUUGAUUGCUCUGGAACACGGUGCAGAUGUCAAUAACUGUUCCUACAGCGGAAUGCCAGUAUUCCUUAAAGCUUGUGAAGAAGCACAUGAUGUUAAAGAUAUGUGCCUGACCUUUUUGGAAAAAGGAGCCAACCCAAAUGCUAUCAACUCAUCUACAGGUCGUACAGCUUUAAUGGAAGCAUCCAGGGAAGGAGUGACAGAGUUAGUUCGAGGGAUACUGGAAAGAGGAGGUGAAGUGAAUGCAUAUGACAAUGACAGAUGUCAAGCUGCACAUUUUGCUGCCAAAGGAGGAUUUUUUGAUAUUUUGAAGCUGCUGUUUGCCUACAAUGGAGACAUGGGGCUGAUAGCCAUGAGUGGGAACACACCACUUCAUUUUGCUGCCAUGGGUGGUUUUGCAGAUUGCUGUAAAUACAUAGCUCAGCGAGGAUGUGAUCUCAAAUGGAAGAAUUUGGAUCAUAAAACACCUCGAGUUAUAGCUAAGGAAAGAGGUUUCAAGGCAGCAAGCAAAGAAAUCCGGCGGGCGGAGAGGAUCGCUAAUAAACUGGCCAAGCCAGGAGCCAAAAAUCCUAACCCACUCUGGGCUCUUAGACUACACGAUUGGUCAGCAGAACACGAGAAUUUCCUUCGGGAAGCCUUUUCGUUUGUGGACAGAGGUGACGGGACGGUCACGAAGGAGGACUUUGUGAUAACGCUGGAGGAGAAACAAGAUUUUGUGACCUCGGAACAGCUGGCCAUGGUGGCUCAGCUUCACGAAAAAAGCCGCGGGGGCGGGGUGAACAUCAAUGAUUUCUUUAAAGGCAUUAAAUACUUAAACAAGGCUUUUGUCUUGAGCUCCUUUGGGCCUAAGAAAAAGAAAAAAGGGAUGACCAAAAAGGCCAAGAAAGCCAAGCUGGUCUUACCGCUGCCAAUCUGCACCAUCCCUGACGAAGUGUUUCCACGACGCAGUGACGGCGGUCCGCCCUAUUACAUGAUCGAAACCUACUCGAACGUCACCGACUGCAAUCGAUUUAAUCGGGAUCACCCGCCAGAACAUCCCAUUCAGGAUGACUCCGCCUGGUACAUUGAUGACCCUGGGAAGGUGUUCUCAAAUAUUAAUUUUAUCACCAGAGCGGGAGACCUGGCUUCUCUGAAAAAGGCGUUUGAAUCAGGAAUACCCGUGGAUAUGAAAGACACGUAUUACAAAACACCCCUCAUGACGGCGUGUGCAAAUGGGAACAUAGAUGCCGUCAAGUUUCUUCUUGAGAAAGGGGCCAAUGUUAAUGCAACAGAUAAUUUUCUGUGGACUCCACUUCAUUUUGCAUGCCAUGCAGGCCAGCAAGAUAUUGUUGAACUUCUAGUUAAGUCUGGAGCUGUGAUAGAUGCAGUUUCCAUUAACAACUCAACUCCUUUAUGUAGAGCCAUUGAGAGCUGUAGCCUGGAUACUGUAAAAUACUUACUAGAUAUUGGUGCUAAAUUCCAGCUGGAAAAUAGAAAAGGGCAUAAUGCCAUGGAUAUUGCAAAGGCAUAUGCUGACUAUAGAGUAAUUAGUUUGAUUAAAGAAAAGGUAGAUAACUUGCCAAAACCAGUGGAAACGCCAAAACCAAAAAGCAAGACACUUAAAAUGAAGACUGAAGGCCUUGAAGUCAAGAAAGAAGAGGAACCAUUUUCAUCACUUUAUACUGUUCCGCCCAUGUCACCAGAAAAGAAAUUAAAUAAGGAUAAUGUGGUUUAUCUCAAUUCAUUGAUUACCAGUGGUUAUACUAAGAAAGUGGAUAUUACAUUUGUUCCACGUAGGACCUGGAGUCCAGAGGCCACUACAGCAGAGCUGAUCAGGAAGAGGGAGCUGAGGCGAGAAAGGUUCACUUAUGAGGUGGACUUUGAGGACUUCUUGAUGCCCUUUGAAAAGAACAUCAAAGAGAAAGCUCAAGCACUGGAAGCUACCUUCAAGACCUAA